CCCUUAAAUCCCUUUUAAAUGAAACGUCUGUGAAUCCACGUAAUAUACAAAAACAAGAAAACCAUAGUGCUUUCCGGGGCAUAUAAAAACCACCUUUUUUUUUUUUUCUCUUUCUCUUUCUAUUGCUUCAGCUUUAUAUAUAUUUAUCUUCUCCAAUUUCUGGUUUGUAUGAGUUUACAUGUUGGUUUGGAUUACCAACCAUAACCAACGUGCCUAAGGCUCUCAGAUACUCUUCACUCACCAUCUUCGAACAACCCAUUGCAAACAACCAUUGCACUUUUUCUUGUUCUUGCCUCUAACUUUUUUAUUUUGUAAAAGAAGUAGGGUUUUUGCCUUUGGAUAAUCUUGCUCUUGGGUUUUCUUUUUUGGUUAUUGUUGGAGAAAUGGGUAGUGCAGAGAAAAGUUUGAGGAAUUUUCAUUUACACCUACCACACCUUCAUCAUCAUCAUCAUGGGAAGAAACAUGCAAGGGAUGUACCAAAAGGGUGUUUGGCCAUCAAGGUUGGAUCACUAGGGGAGGAGCAACAGAGAUUUGUGGUGCCUGUUAUGUACUUUAAUCACCCGUUGUUCAUGCAGCUGUUGAAAGAAGCUGAGGAAGAGUACGGGUUCGAUCAGAAGGGUAUGAUCACCAUCCCUUGUCAUGUAGAGGAGUUUAGGAAUGUCCGGGGCUUGAUUGAUAGGGAAAAGUCGCUUCAUCAUCACCAUCAUAUCGGAUGUUUUAGGGUUUGAAUUCUUGUUAUUAACCAAUCAAAAGACCAAAAAAGAAAAAAAUGAGUUAUGGUUUUGUAAGUGCCAAACAAGGGCGGCCUAAAACCAUGAAGAACAAGAUUUGAUUGUUAAUUAGUAGUAUAAUCUUUUUUCUUGAAUUUGUAAAUUCGGGUGUGCUUUCUUUUUGAGUUUGUUUUCUUGCUUUUUCCUGUUUGUUGGUAGACCUUAGACGGUUGGUUGAAGAGGAUGAUGAUAAAAGAUGAUGCGAUAAUGACGACAAUUGUUGCUUGCAAUUGUAGCGACUUGGUUAUUUUGUUAGGAAUCGUAACGGGAAAGAAGUAAAUGCCUUUUUUCCUUAAUUUCCUUUCUUUUCAAUCUUAAAGAGGAAUAUAUUGAAGAAUUGAAUGGCGUUUGGCAUCUUUAGAAUAGACAAGGGCUCUUGGUAGGGUCAUUGCUCUUGCUUUAAGUCUGAAAUAUUGGGCACGAUAACUGUGGAAAUCAAUCUCAUUAAUCUCGGAAUUAGUUAAUCUUGGAAUUAAUUUCUAAAUAUUUU